UUGUGUUUGUUGAAGCGGUGUCCUACUUCCGCUUUCAAAACAGGAAAAGGCGGGGCUUCAUUCCAAGCGGUAUCCCCCGUUGUUCAUUCAACAUGGCAGCGGGGCCGAUUUCUGAAAGAAACCAAGAUGCCACGGUGUACGUGGGUGGCCUGGAUGAGAAGGUGUCCGAGCCGUUGCUGUGGGAGCUUUUUUUGCAGGCUGGUCCUGUUGUCAACACGCACAUGCCCAAAGACAGGGUGACGGGACAACAUCAAGGAUAUGGCUUUGUGGAGUUCCUUAGUGAAGAAGAUGCAGACUACGCCAUCAAGAUCAUGAAUAUGAUCAAGCUGUACGGCAAACCCAUCAGAGUCAACAAGGCGUCGGCGCACAAUAAAAACCUGGACGUGGGCGCCAACAUCUUCAUCGGCAACCUGGACCCAGAGAUCGACGAAAAGCUCCUCUAUGACACGUUCAGCGCGUUCGGCGUCAUCCUCCAGACGCCAAAGAUCAUGCGUGACCCUGACACGGGCAACUCCAAGGGCUACGCCUUCAUCAACUUUGCCAGCUUUGAUGCAUCCGACGCCGCCAUCGAGGCCAUGAACGGCCAGUACUUGUGCAACAGGCCCAUCACUGUAUCCUACGCCUUCAAGAAGGACUCCAAAGGAGAGCGCCACGGCUCGGCCGCCGAGCGACUCCUCGCCGCUCAAAACCCCCUUUCGCAGGCGGACAGGCCUCACCAGCUGUUUGCUGAUGCGCCGCCGCCGCAGGCUAUACCGCCGCCGGUUCUGACCUCGAUGGGACCCGGGAUGCCCAUGCCAGGGAUGCCCCCUCCUGGAGCAUUUCCCCCCAUGCCGCCUCCAGGGUCCAUGCCUUCCAUGCCUCCCAACAUGGGUAUGCACGCCGGACACGGAGGCCCACAAGGUGGACACCCACCCGGACCCCCACCCUUCCCUCCUGCCUCCAUGCACGCAGGUACAUGGUUAUUUUGUGGUAAAUGUGUUGCCAUGGUGGACAUGUCUAACCCUUGGGGGGCUCCUUCAGGUAUGCCUCAGAUGCCCAUGCCACCUCCAGCGCCUCCUGGCAUGGUGCCACCGCCUCCAGCACCUCCAGGCUCAAAUCAAGCCCGUGCACCGCCACCGCCUGGCAUGCCCCCACCUCCGCCCAUGGGCAUGCCGCACCGGGCUCCCUACGGACCACCCAUGGGUCACCCCGUACCUCCUGGCAUGAGAGGACCCCCUCCUCCCAUGCCCCCGCCGGGCUACGGCGCCGCUCCCCCUCGCCCUCCUCCCUUUGGCUUCCAGAGAGCUCCCCCCAUGCCGCCGAGGCCACCCAGUGCCCCACCACGGGUUCCCUUAAGGGCACCCAUGCCACCUUAAAUCCAAACAUAUUCCAAAAAGUUUCAACACCCUCCAUGUUUUUGUUUUUUUCCCCUCUCGUUUUUUAAGAAAAACAAGUUUGUAAGCUGACUUAUUUUAAUGAUGGGUUUGUAUUUUGGGGGUCGCUGUACAGACUAAAGACCACUGAUGAAUAAAACCUUUAGUACACGUGG